GAUCUCAAGAGAAGGUGAUGCGGAGCAGGCGCGUUCCUUCUUUCUCUCUUCCACCACUGAAAGGGGUGCAGAAAUGUCUUCUCAGCUGCAGUGGAUGGUGAUCAGAAACUGCUCCAGUUUCCUCAUCAAGAGGAAUGGGCAGACCUACAGCACGGAACCCAACAACCUGAAGGCAAGAAACUCCUUCCGUUUCAAUGGACUCGUGCACAGGAAGACCGUAGGAGUGGAGCCUGCUGCCGAUGGGAAGGGAGUUGUUGUUGUUCUCAAGAAACGUGCAGGCCAGCGCAAACCGGUCUCUUCCUACGAGAGAAUCACCAUUAACAAGAACUCCCGCGCCACCCUCAGCAGCCUGCGGCACAUCAUCCGCAAGAACCGCUACAGGAGGGACCUGCGCAUGGCUGCCCUGCGUCGUGCGAGUGCCAUCCUGAAGAGCCAGAAGCCCGUGGUCGUCAAGAAGAAGCGUUCCAGGGCCACCAAGUCUGUCUGAGUUUCACAGGAACAGUGACAAUAAAGUUUGGAUUAACACACA